AUGGGCUUUUUGAAGUCCGUGCUGCCCCCUGGCACUAGCCUUCUCCCUCUGCUGCUCAUUGUACUCUACGUAGUGGCACUGUGUUUCUCGUGGGCAAACUAUGGCGCGUACUUCCGUCUUCAUUUAGACCUCUACGGAAAGGGCUUCGUGGCAGCGUAUCUUGCCUUUUGUAUCAUUGGGACCUUGGUGUACGCACUGGUUAGUAGUGUCUUGUGGCUUCGCGGCGCCGUGUACGCUUCUAGGUCAUCGCGUGAGGCACAGUACAUUAUUACUGGUGUCAGCGCCCUAUUCUUUUCUAAGGACCUUCCCCUGUUUGUGCUCGAGUCGACCGCCUUGACACGGCACGGGUGGCGGGACGGGUUUCAGGGGUUCUGCUUCAUUGUUCAGCUCUGCUUCUUCCUGCUGCCAUUCAUCGUCACCUGGCUGACGGGUGUCUGGUUUGCCACAAGCUUCGUUGAGCGACAGUGGGGAGACGGUGCUGUGCGCGCGCGCGUUACCCUUGACGAGGCACUGGCACAGCCGGCGCCCUCGCCACCGCCGCCGCUGAUGUUGCGGGAAACCCCACAGGGCCCUGGCAAGGGUCUAAGCUUUCUGGCGCAGGCGAGUGACCCACGCCAGGCAUCGAGCGCCAGUGAACACGGCCUGUCCGGGGAGUCGCAGGAGUAUAGAAGAGGCCCAGGCGGGCUCAUUUGA